AUGGGAAGUGAAAAAAUGCAAAUGCGACUAAUGAUGCUGCUUCUGCUGCUUGUGGUGGGGCUGCCUUACGCAGUCAGCGGACAGGGUUUGACGCUACAAAGGGUUGCAAUACUUGCUCGGAACGGUGCACGGGGCCUAUCGAGUCUCAGGGAUGUAAAAAUAACUUGUGAUGCAUGCGAGUUAUCUCCUGUGGGGGAAGAAAUGUCUUUCCGACUUGGCGAGUUUCUUCUGUUGCGCUACGGCAAUUUACUGAACCUUGGCAACCACCUCAACACAACAGUUGUGUCAUUUCGUGCUGAAGAGACAUCAAGGACGAUUGCCAUGGGAAAAGGCGUUACGUUGGGCAUGUUUCCCCAAGCAUUACCGCUUGUGAAGUACACUCCUCAGCGGAAUGACGAGGUGCUGGCCUUUACGAAGAGCUGGCCGUCAUGGAUCCUGCAGGAAGUAUGGAAGUCCAGCUCUCAUUUGGAUGACGCGUGGCUCUCGGAGAAACUUAACGAGGAGGAUAUUAAAACGAUUUCUCGUUUUCUCCCACCCGACAACGAGGGAUUGUGCAAAAGUUUACCGUCGCUGUGUGCGCUCUACGUCUACGACAGUUGGUGUGUCAAUGCCUCCGAGGGACGCACGGAUGCAACUUUGCAACCGCUGUUGGCCGCCCUGGGGGUUGUUAGUCGCCGCCUUCUUUGGCGCCUGUACGGUGCGGACCCCGGAGAUCCAAUCAAAAGACACAUGGGUCCUUUGGCCGGUCCGUUUCUUCGCGAGGUGAUGUCAAGUUUUUCCUCCAACGACAACAAGGUCCGUCUUGCCUUCUACGUUGGGUCAAUGCCGGUGGUAUUCGCUGCGCUCAGCGGGUUGGGUGCCUUUGACGCGAAGAACACGCUGACAGAGGGUGCCACUCCUUUGCCGCAGUUUGGUGAUGCCAUCGCGUUUGAGUACAAGACCACAGGAACACAGCAAUACGUUCAGGUUUAUCAGAUCAUUUGGACUUCAGGAGGCGCAGGCAGUCGCGGCUACACGGGCAAACCACUUGACGUUAAGUGCAUGGACGCAGAAGGCAAUACGUACAUGUCCAGCACCGCUGUUAACGGUUGCCCCAUGGAGGACAUGCAACGCUAUUUCAGCUCUCUUGGCGCUACCGAUGGUCAGUGCUUUGUCACCGAUUCUGCUCUUGCAGACGCUAGCUGCGACGGCGACGCUGCACCCCCCGUUGAUUCACUCUGCCAUAUGUACCGCUCAAAGUGCCCAGGGUUACAAUGCGGUUCUGUUCCCGAUGCAAUAGCCGACCCGUCUCGUGGUUUUUCGUGCCAAGACUCACGCAUGAAAGAAAAUGCGUCGUAUCUUUCAGCUUUUACUGUGGCCGUUUGGGCCCCUUCCCUGCUCACUGGUGCUAUGCUUGGCCUUUACCUCUCUGACCGCAUUCGGCCUUGGCUUUGCCUUAAAAGGAGAUCUGCCGAGUUGUAG